CCACUAUUUGCGAAAUUGCCGCAAUCAUUUUGUGUGGUCAUACGGCGCAGAGCGACACUCAUCAUGGCGGAUCGCUUGAGUAACGACGAGUUUUUCGCGAAGCUCACCACGCUUAUAUCGAAUACACAAGCCAAAGGCCAUGGCUCCGUAUACCUCACCCAGAAGCGCUUGACGUAUGAAAGUUCCAAUCCAGCGACAGCAAAGGUUUCCAGUGAUUCACUGCAAGAUCUGAACCCAGAACGACCGCUUCCGUUACUCGUACGAGCGACAGACGGAAAAUCGCAAUCGAAAGAUCGGACAAAGAACCGCGAAAAGGUCAAGCUCAGUACGGUGGUACAACCGGACGAUAUCGAGACUUUCUUCGGGCGAUAUGCCGAAGUAUGUAAGACAGGCAUGCAGAGCUUGAAGAAGCGAGAUCGGAGCAAGAGGAAGAAGACCAAGAAGAAAGCUGUCGAGGAGAAGAAAUGAAGGCAAAUAUGAAUAAUGAAACGUUAUGCCUCUAUUCAGGACACAAACACCUUCGUGAAGUUCCAACUCGAAUCGCGAUGCCGCCUCGUAGCCGAAGUCGACAUGAAGCCGGCCGCAUAUUCAUGUGCGCAAUCUCGGCGGUUCCUGUCGCGCAAGAAAGUCUCAUCAAAUGUCUCUUCGCCAUCUUAAUCUGGUAGAGAUCAUGCGUCGCCAGUAAGAUCGUCACCAGAAGCGACGGGACAGUCGUUGAUGGAAAAAAGAGUUGC